UCCUAUAUUCCUAUAUUCCUAUAUUCCUAUAUUCCUAUAUUCCUAUUCUUCUGUAUUAUUUGACUUCGAUCUUCAUUCUGAUGUGAACAGCGAGCGGAAUGGAGCAUCAAGAAAGAGCAUGUGAAAUUCAAACAUAGGGUGAAACCCUCUCUAUUUCGGUCCCCUAUGCCAAGCCAAGCCUAGCCUUAAAAGCGGCCUUCCCGUCCCUAACCGCCAAACCCCCGGAACUCGGCCUUACUAUCUUCCGCUCCAGUGUCCCAUCCCCGUCAUUAUCUCCGGAAAGCACCACCAAACCACAAAUGUCCACUCCACAACGCCGAGCAUGAGACCCCUCGCCCUCCGCCCCCUCCUCCGCUGCCGCCGGCCGGCCAUCUCCUCCUUCCCCUCCUUCCCCUCCAUCCGCCCCUCCUCCCCUUUCACACCCCGCACCCGCACCUACGCUGUCCAAGCCCCCGGCGCACCAACCCUCCAGGUCUUCAACUCGCACGUCAAGCACCUCCAAAAAGAGCGCGCAGCCUCCAACCCCGAACAGAGCCGCGAAGUCGACUACCUGCGCGACGAGAUCGCUACCCGUCUCGCUGACCGCUUGCUCGACAUCAACCGCGACUUCCCACACAUCCUCGACCUCGGUGCCAACGCAUGCAACCUCUCCCGCGCCCUCACCACGCCGCUCUCCUCCACCGAACCCCCCGCAAGCGAGCGCAUCGGGCACUUAACCUGCGCCGAGACCUCGCCAACCCUCUUACACCGCGACGACGCACUCCCCCUCCCCUCGCCAUUAGCGAUAACCCGCACCGUCCUCCCCACCCUCGAGUCGCUGCCGUACGGAGCGGAUACUUUCGAUGCUAUCCUCUCCUCCCUCGCGCUACACUGGGUUAACGACCUCCCUGCGCUGCUGGCGCACGCGAAUCGCGCGUUGAAACCCGAUGCGCCGAUCUUAGCCGCCAUGUUCGGGGGAGACACGUUAUUCGAGUUGCGCACCGCUUUGCAACUUGCAUCGCAAGAGCGUCGCGGGGGUGUAGCUCCCCAUACCUCUCCCCUGGCUGAUGUGCGGGAUAUAGGCGGAUUGCUGACAAAAGCGGGGUUCAAACUCCUGACAGUCGACGUGGAGGACAUCGUCGUCGAGUUCCCCGACAUAUUCGCGCUGAUGAAAGACCUGCAGGCGAUGGGAGAGAGUAAUGCGGUGCUAGGACGGGAGAUGGGCGGGAUAGGGCGCGAGGUGUUGGCUGCCGCGAGUGGGAUUUAUAAGGAGUUGUAUGGGGAGCCGGGGAAGGAGGGGGUGCCGGCGACGUUUAGGGUUAUCUUCUUUAUUGGAUGGAAGGAGAGUCCGGAUCAGAGGAAGCCGUUGGAGAGAGGGACGGGGGAGGUGAAUAUGAAGGAUAUCUUGGGGGGGGGGGUAUAA